CCUGAAGGAAGACAGAGAUCUCGUUUCCUUGCAGUUGGAUCGUAUGAUAACACUAUUCGUAUCUUGUCAUUGGAUCCUGACGACUGUAUGCAGAUUCUGAGCCUGCAAAGUGUUUCAUCACCUCCAGAAUCUCUCCUGUUUCUUGAAGUGCAGGCUUCUGUAGGUGGAGAGGAUGGUGCAGAUCACCCUGCUAACCUCUUUCUUAAUGCUGGCUUACAAAAUGGGGUUCUGUUCAGAACUGUGGUGGACAUGGUGACAGGUCAGCUUUCUGAUGCCCGCUCCCGGUUCUUAGGACUUAGAGCCCCCAAGCUCUUUUCUGUGAUUGUGAGAGGACGCCGGGCUAUGCUUUGCUUGUCUAGUAGACCCUGGCUUGGUUAUAUACAUCAAGGACAUUUCCUUCUAACACCCCUUUCGUAUGAGACCCUUGAAUAUGCAGCCUCAUUUUCAUCCGAUCAGUGUGCAGAAGGUCUAGUUGCUGUCGCUGGGGAUGCACUAAGGGUCUUUACCAUUGAGAGACUGGGAGAAACAUUUAAUGAAACAGCUAUUCCUUUGAGGUACACCCCAAGAAAGUUUGUGCAUCAUCCCAAGCGGAAACUGUUGGUAAUUAUUGAGAGUGAUCAGGGAGCAUUCCCAGCUGAAGAGCGCGAAGCUUUAAAAAGAGAGUGCUUUGAGGCUGCUGGGAUGGGAGAAAAUGGGGAGCAGAUGGAUAAUGGUGGUGACGAUGAGGAUAAGGAUGAUCCCCUCUCUGAUGAGCAAUAUGGUUAUCCUAAGGCAGAGUCUAGCAGGUGGGUUUCUUGCAUCAGAGUUCUUGACCCAAGGUCAACAACCACAACUUGUCUGCUGGAGCUUCAGGAUAAUGAGGCUGCAUUCAGUAUAUGCACUGUAAAUUUCCAUGACAAAGAGUAUGGAACUCUUUUAGCUGUUGGUACAGCAAAGGGACUGCAGUUUUGGCCCAAAAAAUCUUUUGAGGCUGGUUACAUUCAUAUCUAUAGAUUUAAGGAAGAUGGGAGGUCCCUUGAACUUUUGCAUAAGACACAAGUAGAUGGUGUCCCUCUUGCAAUGUGCCAGUUCCAGGGAAGGUUACUUACUGGAAUAGGAUCUGUGCUUAGAUUGUAUGAUUUGGGGAAAAGGAGGUUGCUUAGAAAAUGUGAGAAUAAGCUGUUUCCAAACGCAAUCAACUCUAUUCAUACCUAUCGGGAUCGGAUUUAUGUGGGUGACAUUCAGGAGUCAUUCCAUUAUUGCAAGUAUAGACGCGAUGAAAAUCAAUUGUACAUAUUUGCUGAUGACACCGUUCCCAGAUGGCUUACUGCAUCAUACCACAUUGAUUUUGACACCAUGGCAGGUGCAGACAAGUUUGGCAAUUUCUACUUUGUGCGGUUACCACAGGAUGUGUCAGAUGAGAUCGAAGAAGAUCCAACUGGUGGAAAGAUAAAGUGGGAGCAGGGGAAGCUGAAUGGAGCCCCCAACAAAGUAGAGGAGAAGUAG